CAUGACAUAAAUUCAAGUCAGUGCAUUUCAUUAAAAUUAUUUUUAUUGUUCAAAUAAAAUAUACAAUCAAAUUGAUGUCGUUACGAACAAGGCAAUGAAGGCUAUGAAAUGAUAAAAACUCAACUAGAGCGUUGUAUAUAAUAAAGGUCCCGUUGGUUGUUAUUUGGCAGCGUGUUGACGGUGGUAGUGGUGGUCGCGCUGGUGGCCGUGCUAGUGCUACAGCCGUGGAACAGCGACGACCACCCACGCUUCCCGCGCGCCGUAGUAGCCGCCAAUGGCCAUGAGUGCGCCUUUAUUGGACGAUCAAUUUUAGAGAAGGAUGGUUCAGCGGUGGACGCGGCGAUCGCGACGCUGUUCUGCGAGGGGCUCGGCUGCGCGCAAUGUAUGGGCUUAGGUGGCGGGUUUCUCGCGACCGUGUACGACGCGAGCACGAGACGAGUUCGAGUUCUGAACGCGAGGGAGCGAGCGCCGCUGGACUCGUCGGAGAACAUGUUCGCGAACGCGUCGUCGACGGUCGGCGGAUUGGCCGUUGGCGUGCCCGGAGAGCUCCGGGGCUACGGCGCCUUGUACCGCGAGUACGGGCGCCUGCCCUGGCGCGAGUUGGUCACUCCGGCGGCAGAGUUGUGUCGCCGCGGUCACCGGGUCACAGAGUACAUGGGCCGCGUGCUCAACACGUACAGCACCAUCAUACUGGCAGAGCCUUCGUUGCGCGAAGUUUACGUGAAUCCCGAAACGGGGGAAGUGUGGAAAGAGGGCGACCUUAUCCGCGAACCGACCCUAGGGAGUACCCUGGACAUCAUCGCAGAGGAGGGGCCGGAGGCGAUUCACAACGGCACCCUUACCGCACCGCUCGUCGCAGAUAUCCAAGGUUUCGGGGGUAUCAUCAGAGAAGAAGACCUCAGGAACUACAGGGUGGAGUGGCAGGAUCCGAUCGCGGUGAAGGUGUCCGAGGAGCACACCCUGUACUCAGUGCCUCUGCCAGGCUCGGGUUCGGUGCUGGCAUUCAUCAUGAACAUGUUGCGGGGCUGGGUCGGGCCCGGCUCCCACGUCCCAACAGACUCCAACCUCUACUGGCAUCGCGCAGUCGAGACGUUCAAGUACGCGUACGCCAAGCGAACCGGCCUCGGAGACCCUUCACGCUCUAACCUGCCCUUCAGUAUACCUGAGUUGGAGCGAAAUUUGUCGACGCCUGAGUGGGCUAAGUCAUUUCGGGAGCUUGUCGACGAUACCCGUACGUACAACGACUGGCAUCACUACGGGGCGCUGUUCGAAGGAGCUGAUGACCACGGGACCGCUCACGUGGUUGUUGUCGCUCCUGACGGUAGUGCUGUUUCAAUUACUAGCACUAUCAACUAUAUUUGGGGCUCUCAGAGGCGGUCUAAGCAGCUCGGAAUCAUGUUGAACAAUGAAAUGGAUGACUUCGCGGUUCCUAACAAGGAAUCCGUCUACGGGAUGCCGCCCUCCCCGGCGAAUAUGAUCGCCCCCGGACUGCAGCCGUUGAGCUCGAUGGUACCGAGCAUAGUCCUGAGAAAUAAUGACACGGUGGACUUCGUGAUAGGCGCGGCCGGAGGCACCAAGAUAACCACCCAAGUAGCAAUGCUCAUUAUGCACAGGAUAGUGGAAGGUGACGAGUUUCCAGAUAUAAUGCAGAAACCCCGACUACAUCAUCAGCUUAUUCCUAUGGAAGUAGAGUACGAGGAAGCAUUUAAUUCCGAGAUAAUAGCAUCACUUCGGGCAAGGGGACACAACACGACCGGGCGUGGUCCGACCGCCGGUUUCGCCGCAGUCGUUGGCGCCGCCAGAGAUGGUGAUGGUUACUUCGUGCCCCAGACUGAUCGCAGAAGAGUUGGCAGCGUGGAUGGCUUCUAGUAAAACACUCUUGUUAUGUGGUGGUACACUCUAAUUACACCAGAAUGUAAUAUUUCUGUCGAGAAUUGUCAAAUUUAACGCAUGCCAUAACUUUUGUACAUCAAAAAGUUGCGGUACGCGGAAUCUGUGAUACAUUUAUUCAUUGUAGCCACUGACCUCUCCUAUUUACCACUGGACAGGCGGCUGUCAAAGUGCCUUUGUGCCUGUUUGAUGUUCGCCAUUUUGGCGCUAUUGGCCAUGUAGCGAGAGUCUACGGCACGUAACUAGUGAUGACAACCUCAGUUAAACGAACGAAAUUAAUUUAACAUGCAAAAAUACUGUACACUUCUCCCGCAGCCAUUUGCAUUAUACGUCAAAAUUAGUACUCUGGACGCUCGCCAGUGGCGCUUCAAAUAGGCACAAAAAAAUUGAUUUCAAACAUAUGGAUCAGCCUGUCCAGUGGUAUAUAUACAGGUCAGUAAUCGUAGCAUUUUAAUGUUCGAUGUCAGUACAAAAUUUUCUUUGAAAGCCGUGGAACGGGAACUUUAUUAUUAUCAAUUAUUCGAAGUAAAAUUCGACAAGGUAUAUUAGUUUUUUUGGUCAACUUGUAAAAAUUUGGGAUUUGUUAUAAUUGUUGUAUGUACUCGUAUGUGACUUAAUGCUCGGUUGCGGUAGGUUCCGACUUCGUGUUAAAGGAAUGAUAUUUUAAUUUCACAUGCCAAUAUAGAACAUGGUUAAAUUUAAAGAAAAUUAAUGUAAAUGCAUUGCCAUAAUGACAAAUAAAAUUUAAUAAUCUGUUAACAGAUGUAAACGUUAUAAGCUUAGAUGAUUUAUACGCCUAGAUAGACUGUGACAGUUGUGAUAACGUCGAAAAAAACCGUGGUUAACUGUUGACAUCUAUUUGCCCACAAAGUGACAUACAGACAUACCCCCUUAUUCAUAAUAGUCUGCUAACUUAAAGCAUUGCUAAUUCUCACUCUGUCUUCUUCUAUUGACCUAAGUCAGAAUGAGAAAAAACACUCCUAAGCGGCUGUUUAAAGUUAGCGGACCAUUAUAAAUAAGGGGGAUAGAGUGUAGGACGUAGCUUGCCACGCACACUCAAGAAUUAAACCUGGCCUGUUUUCAUCGGAUGUCUAGCAGCAAGUGGCUCUAUCUAGACGUAUAAAUUAUCUAAGGUUAUAAGUAAAAAAAAUAUAUAAACUGUAUAGUUCCUCUGGCGGUUUCUAUGGCACGUUUUGCAUAGAAUAGUCUAGUUCAGUGGUCGGCAAACUUAUUAGCCAAAGAGCCAAAUGUGUUUGUUUAGUAAACAUAUGUUAAUGCAUUUAGUACACUUAAAUGAGUAGAACUUACACUAAAUAAAACUAUAUUUCAUACUUAACAAAUAUUUAUGAAUGUGAACAAUGUACUUGCAUCUUGGAAAGUUUGAGUAAGUCAGGUUUGUAUGUUGCUGUUUAUAAUUUUAAGCAUGAUUCCAAGUUCCCAUCAAUAAGACGACUUCUCAGUUUAUUCUUGAUAAUGUUCAUGAUUGAAAAAGAUUGUUCGCAUUUAUACGUAGAACCGGAAAAUUUAUUUUACCAAAGAAGGAUGUAAUUUUUUUCCAAAAACGUUUUUUUUUAAAGAAAAUAUUAUUGUGCCUUUCUUGGAUAUUUGUGCCAGAGCCGCACUUAAGAAGCCAUAUUGCCGACCACUGGUCUAGUUUAUGAGGGAAAACUCGUGAAAAAUCAUGAAAUAUACGUUUUUUAAGGCAUUUUUAUGAUUAGCAAAGGAUGUAUUAAUAACAUGUUUUUAUUUAAAUUUAAUUUUUAGAUUUACAAUUUGAAAAUCUUAAUUCAUGUCUAUUGAUAAUUGAGUAUAUAGUGAGAAAUUGAAAUUCAUUAAAUAUUUAUUUUUAUUAAAUAGUAUUGUUUGAUGUAAAAAGUUUAGUAGGAAAAUUUUCAAUUACUUCCAACAUUUAUUAAAUUGGAUAACUUUACCAUUGACCCGCGACUUAAACUUACCGUUGAGUUGAUAGUAGAUACUCCAUAGUUUUAGUCUUAAUAUACAAAGAUACAAAUAGUGUUAAACACAUAUUUUAAUAUUUUUGAAAGUACUGUGAUGAAGUGUUUAAUUUUAGUGCUGUAGUUUUUUUUGUUAACGUUUGUGUUCUUGUUUUAAUUGAAUGAAUAAAAAGACUUCCUAAA